AUGAACUACAGCAAUGUAGUAAUCAUUGAUUGGAAUUGAGUUUUAUCCUUCAAAUUUAUACGAAGAAGGGAAACGUUCAAAAAAUGCAAUUUCACAGCGAGUUAUUGAAGAAUAUGAAUGAUUUGGCAGCAAGCUCUUGAAUUGGUGAAUCUUGAAUUUUGUGCGCACCUUCGACUGCUCCGCCAUAACCAUCGAUCAAGAGACAUCUGUAGAAUUUAGCAGUGUUUCGUUUGAGUCGUCUCAUGUUCCAAUGUAACUUUUUCAUAGAAAGAAAAACGUGAUGAAUGGGGCAAAUAUUUAGAAAGCGGCGAUUAUGCUUUUAAAUAUAUCAAUUAGCAAUCGCUGUUUGAAAUAAACUGCAUCGAUAUGUGAUUCAGAAGGUUUGAGCCGAAAUAAAAGGGCCCAGAGCUUUACGCUAAUCAUUUAAGGAAUCUCGAUGAUUUUCGGCCCUUCUAACGUAAUCACUUGUUUCUUUAAAACUACACCAAAAAGUUAGCGUAACUGCCACGGAAGUUAAGGGCACAGCAAAUGGGGAUUUUGCCACAAGAAUCAAUACGAGCGGAGGCAGGAAUUUAAUCUCAGAACUGAGUCAUCUACAUCGAUGAAUGAAGUCGGGCAAUCUUCUUCGUUUUAAGAUUUUAUUAUACUUAAUAGCUAUAUACCUUUGUCCCACUGUUGCUAGAUCGUGCAGUUUCCAGUUUGGACCAAUAUCGCAAUAUUUUUUUUCUUAAUUGUACCCAAAGUGCUUCGCUUUAGCUCAAAAUUUCAGAUUUUAAAUCAAAGUUAACGCUUAAUUGUUUCUUGAUCAACUGUUUCUGUUUAAAAUAUUGAAAAGGCGCCCAAAAUUUUAGAGCAUAUGUUUGUUGCUUCUUGACGCACUGCGUGACGAGAUAACAUAUAAGAAAAUUUUUAUUACUUAAAAUUUCUUGUAAAGAGGCUCAAUUUCUUGAUUACUUAAUGUCACCUUAAUCACAAAGUUGUCUCUCUCUCUGGCUCUUCCUUGCUUGUAGUUAACCGUUUAACUCCCAAGAUCUGAUGGUCAAAUCUCCCCUCCAGCUACUACAUAUUUCCUUUUAAAUUAGUUACAAGAAUUUGGUGUUAGAUCAAGACAACAACUUCUAGUUGACAUUUUUGAGUAUUCUCAUUACUUGUUUGGUGGAUAAUGUAUGAAUAUUGCAGGGAGAAAAUAGAUGUUAAUCACUUCUGAGCGUUGAAGGGUUAACUUGUUAUGGUCAUAACUUGACGAUCACGAUAAAGAAAGUUAAUUAUAUCCAUCGCGUAGAAUUUUGAAAGAUUAAAUGAUUACGACAGUAGUGAAGGAAACAGGCCGUGAUCAUGUUCUUAUAUGCACGCUGGCUGGCAAAAGGGAAACAGAGCGCGACAAAUCUUUCUACAUGGUGGACGAUCGAAUAGGCAAAACCCUGCCCUUUAAACCUUAACUGAAUGGCAUCUUUACGCCUUGAGUAGUGCUGAUAGACGUGGAGAAAGCGUGUUGAUGCCCUAUACAUGCGCACCGUCUGGCGUCUAAAGAAUGAAGGUAUCCUAAAGUUUCUUACAACGAUUUAGGUCGGAAACGACGGAAAACUAUCUAAUGCAAGUGGAGUAUAAAAAGGUAUUUGCAUUCACACCGCACCAAAAGGAGGACAAACGGAGAAAAACAACAGAAGAAAUUGUUAAAGCAUACCUUGCAAAGCACACAAUUUUUCAAGUCUUUGGGAUUCCAAUUAAGAGGCAACUUGACUUGAGAAAACGAGUUAAACUGUUAGAUGCGGACUUUUCCAGGUAAAACACACGAUUUGAAGCCAGAAAAUACACCUUGUGCUCAGUAUAACCAGAAAGAAUCGACUGAACAAAAUCCUCAGCUUAUCAGUUUUUUGUGGCGAGGAUCACGUGCUAGGGUUGGCCACUGAGGGUGUCAUUUCACAUUCUAAGAUGUCUUGCAUUCCACUUCCGUGGACUCCACUGGAAAAACUAUGAACAGUCAUGCAGUAUAUCCAGUUUUAAAUUCCAUUUGCGUCAUGAAAUUUCAUUGGUACUCAUCCAAGUCAAGUUUUGGAAGAAGGCCAUGUUAUAUUUAGUAUAAAAGCAAAACUGUGAUAACUUUGCAGAGAGGGAACAACAAACACUUCAAACAAUCCAACAGCGAAUCUUUCAGCAGUAAUCACUGCAAGCGAAAAAAAAAAGGAUUGUCGAAACAAGAUGUUUUAUGGAAGGAUCAUUAGAGUGCCACGAGAAAAAUCGACAAACACAGAGACUGUUAGUUUUUUUUUUAACCAUCUCGAUUAGGAUUUUAGUGAUAAGACCCUUUUUAUAAUCAUAACCUGUGAAAGAGGUUAAUGGUCUGUACAAAAAAAAACAAAAGUGUUUUUUAUUUGUGGGUGGUUUGACAUACGUGGAUAGUGUUCAGUUUAUACAUAUCCAUACUCAAAACCUACUGUGAGAGGCAGUUUGAUGAUUUUUGCAGAUUAACUGAGAAAGAAGAGUGGCAGUUAGUUGGACGAUAGAAAGUACCAAGAAGAGAUUCGUGACUAACUCAUUUGUGUAGAGGCAAAGGUGUUCCCUGUCGCUUGGCGGCUCGUUAACAUCAAAGACACUGGUAAUCCCGUGUUUGAAACAUCUAAAUUAUUUAUAUUCUUCCGAUGGUUCACUGACAGAAGAACAAGUCGUGCAGUUCUCAAAAGAAGAUAUCAUCUGUGCAACUCGUAGUUUUUUUAGCAUUUUAAUGUUAUCUUUCUUCCUUUUAGUAAUUGAAGUAACUUCUCUAGAUUUUUCUACCGUGAUUUGCAAGUCUGUUUUUGAAUAUUGAUUUUUUUAAAAAUUUUUGUUUUUCUAUCAUAUUCAAGUCAUACAGGCAUGUUCCCACGGUGUUACUAUGAUUUCGCCGAUAUGGAAUUAAUGUCGAAUCCUUUUUUGACCUUUUGUUAAUAUUUUCUCUCUAUUGUGUGGCAACUUACAAAGCUUGAGGUCUUAUCAAGGUAUCCAUGUACAAAAAUACUCGUAUAUAAUAGAUUUGACUCAGUCAUUUUACUAACUUUCAAUUAAAGUGGGGAUCAACGAGAAAAUCAAACACCUUUCAACAAAAUGCACGUGAACUCAUCCCAGUCAUUUGUAAAAUGUGUUUAUCUAUGGUGUGUAUCUUUCUAACUCAUCAGGUUGUAAUAAAACUGCACAGUAGGCUCGUUAAAUUACUAAACAUAAAUGAAUCUGCGGGAAGCCUCUGUCGUUAUUAUCGUAAACCUAGCCACUACCCCCUCACGCAGAAAGGAAACAAGAAUAGUUAUGCUUUCGUUUGUGAUAAUUUGAAACAGUUUUUAGAUCAUGAUCGAUCUUUGAUGGACAUUUAGUCGGAAUUCAGGAUUUCCUGUAUCCGGCAGGAUGUUUUACGGCGCAAAGAUGGUUUCAGCACUCAUAGUUUACGGUUUCGUUGGACAGUUCGGCACUGUGAUUUAAUUUCUAGAAAAUUCGUAAACAAAAUUCCUCGUUCAUUCCGUCUUAGUUGCUUUGGAUGAUAGCUUUGAUCCGUGUUUUACUGUUGAAAGAUUCUCAAUGCACUGUAACGUAAGCUUUGAAAGAAGCAUUGAAUGAUUCUUCACUACUGGAUGUGCCUUUCACGGCACAUUUUCAUCAUUGGGUUAUUUUCCUUUCUUUUAAAAGCAGGUGGACCAAACAAAACAAGGAAUAUAGAAGAACAGUGAGGAACAUAAAAGACACGCGAGGUAUGACAUUACAAAUCACAGAAGUAUUUCAUUUUCUAUUCAUGGUUAGUUGACCUCAAGCAUUCACUUAGUUGUGGUAGCCCUAUUUGAAGGAGUGGUAUUGUUCAGUGAAUGUCAGACAUUCUUAAUUCGGCAUGAUAUGUCUCAGCACAAGUAUAAAUGUUUAAAUCGUCUCGGAAUUAAGUAGUUCGUUUAUUACGUCAGUGAAGAAAAGGUCAAACACAAUCCUUACACUGUAACAAAACACUUCAAGAGAAGCAAUAGAGAGAGCAUUUGAUUUCGAGUAUCCGACUGAGAAAGUUCUUUAAAAGGUAUUUAUGAAGUGUGAACCCAAUUUUAUUUUUUCAUGUGAAUUACGUGUACAACUGCCUCUGUAUUACUGCGAAAACUGCCUGCGUGGUUUGUUUAAACAAUGUUAUUAUUUCCCUUCGCCAUGCACUCUCUUUUCUACUUGUUAAUGAGGUUAUUUAGUUUCCUUCCCUUUUAAGAAGGACCAUCAACUUUUAGCUAAAGCUAUGCAGAUUAAAAGUAUAAUGGAUAGAUAUCUAAUCAUUUUGUUUUCGUAAGCGUAAGAAUCAAUCAUUUUUGAGAUUUUUUUUUUCAUAUCCGAAAUUUAUACUUCUCUGCUUUAAAAAAAUGCGUUUAAUCAAAUAUGUUUCCUCAUUCAGCCUUUCCUAAUUAUCCGCGUGUCUUUAAAAGUAAACGAGAAUACGUUUUCAUUUGGCAGUUGCAUGUCAUAGAUCGAGAUUGACGAAAGCCAGGUUCUUCUGCUAUAAUUUUGGUGAGCUAUACAUUCAGGAAGUUAUGAUGCCAUGAUGUUUUUGUGAUCUUAAUUUAUUUUCAACUUUCCUCGCCUUUCAUAUGAAGUAUACCAACAUCUCUUGAAAAGAAAGAUGUACAGAAAAAUACAGGGCAAAUUUUUGAGGACAUUUAAUCGUUGUGUAACGGCCUGGAUUAAAACAACGUGUCUAUCAGUUUUCUUUUUUCCUUUUUUUUAUUUUGGGGAGGGGGAGGGAGGGGCUGACUAACAAGGACUGUUUUUUUUUCUCGUCAGAAAAUUUUCUUGAAAUGUCUUAGUACUGUAAUAUUCUAAACAGAGGUCGGCGCACUCGACAAGUUGGUAUGAAACCACAGUUAUGUUUGGCGAAGACAAAUAUUUCUCUUUGUUCCGUUAGUUUGUGUGUCAAACCGCAGUUAUUUUGCGCUGUAAAGAAAUACGCUUUCAUCUCAGCAAGCCAUUAAAUUAUUCAUAAUUCGGCGUUUGUCGAGUGGGCUUUUUCUUUUGUCCUCACUCACCUUAAAAACUCGUGUUAUGCUCGCGUUUUUUUCCUGGCGGAUAUGAGUAACACACGCGAGCCCAUCCUGUCCUCUCAGCGUUUCAUCUGCUUAAGUACUUAACGCAUUCUCUCAAACAACCGCAAAAGAAAAAUGUGUCACUUAAGUAGCAGCUCUAGGUAUUGGAAAUAGUACAGAAUUGUUGUAAACAGCUGGCGUAGGCGAGAAAACGGAAAAUUCACAAUCAAUUCUUUUGAGUUAGUGUGGUUUGCCAUUGCGUCAUUUCAAACAACAAGAACGGAUGUUCCUCUCCUUUCUGCAAUCUUCCGCCUUCCUCCAACAGUUUUUAUUGCAUGUCUCUGAAUUCCCGUGACUAGACUGUUAGGAAAAUGGUAUAAACGUGAUGUUUCCCCUCAAGUUUUACGCAUUUCCAACCACAUCCAACCGCUUACAAACAGGUCUAUCCUCCGAACUCAAAUCCCACCAUCUCACUCUCUCUUCUUACGAUAGGCUUUCGGAAUUGCUUUUGUUGGUACAACGCAGCAUGCUUGUUCCGUAUUAACCAAGUAUAUUAAUAAGCUUAUCAGCUAGUUUUCUGACUAACCGACGUCACAGUUGGAAGAUUUCAAGAUGGAGCCUUCACAAAGAACUCACAUUUUUCCUGCACUCGGAGCAAAUGUUCGGUAUUGCUUAACAUCUUCUUAUACUUUUAGCUCAGUGUUUCUUAACUCUAAAUAUGAGUUCUUUAACUAAUGACGUGAUAAAUUAUCGUUAUUGAGGCAUAAGUAUGUUUAAACUUAGAAUUUCCUCUCUGCCAACAUGUGGCAUCGUUCUCAGAUCGUAGUGAUGCCUAACAAGUACCCAGGAAGCAUAGUGUUGAUUUCUCCCGUCAGAGCUUGAAUUUUCUUCGCUUCUUCCCCCAAGAUUUCUGGUUAUUCGAUUUUCUACACUUCUCUUUAUUUGGCAAUCUAUAUCUUCGGCAGGUCAAAAAUUUGAUCUAUUUGCCUUUUGCCUACACCUAAAUAUAGUUCACCGAUAUUGUGACGCACAAAGGUAUCUCUUAACAACGACUUCGUCUCUCCAUACUGUCACGAAUGUCUUGAAAAUGUAUAAGUUCCAAGGGGUAGAUUCGCACCACUUUUAUUGAAGGACCUGUACAGACGUAUUAACAAAGUUUAAGAGUUCAUGGGACAAUGGAAACAACGUCUUGGGUAUGCCAAGUUUUCGAGAGGUAUUUUAUGGACAUAAGAAAAAAAAAUCAUGUUUACGCUUGUGGCAAAUGGCAAAAGUUGAGCUUUUGUUGUCUGUUUUCAGCCAAGGAAGGAUAAAUUUGAAAAUAUUUUCUUUUGUUGUGAAAAGGAAAUGGUUUUUACUUUUUUGUUAGAUUUAUUCAAUGCGAUCGGAGCCGGAAAAGUACGCAAGAGUAUAGGCAUCUUUUUCCUGUUAAGUUUUCUUUCGUGGUACAGUCUUAACCAGUCUGUUGAGAUUCAAUUCUCACCCUGCUACUGUGUUCGUUAUGUAUCCUUUUAUCCAGUCCAUCGUUUCCAGCAACAAUUUUACGCGAAAUGUAAAAAAGCAUGUAAAAUCAGUGUUUAUGUUCCGUGACAUUUUGUCUUAAAUUCGAGGGCGGUGGCUUGGAUGUUCAUAGUCUUUUUUAUGAUCCUUUAUUUACUCUAGUGACUGAUCUUCCUCGUAAAAAACGUUCUUUGUUUGUCGAAUAUUUCACGUUCCAUGCUCCUCUUAUGAUGAAAUUUAGACUACUUAAGAUGCUUUUGCGCAGAAGAAAGUGCAGUCAAAUUACUUAAUGUUGAAAGAUAAAAAAAGGGAAUCUCCUUUAUCUGUGGAAAUUUUCUCGUUGUUCUUCACUAAUUUGCAAGUUAAGACGAUGCUUGUGAGCCUAUAUUUUACAGCUCAUGUUAAAAACGUAAACAAUUGAGUUUUUCAGUAAAAAAUUAGCAAUCUUUUGCGCGUUCGUGAUAAAAUGGGCUGCCUUUUGACACCUGUAGACUAUUGAGUCCAAGAAACAACAGUGCGCUCUUAAUUAUGAUAGCAGAUUUGCCGAAUAUUACCGUAAUAAUCCCAUUUAUGUUACUUAACAUUAACCUUAAGGCAAAGGGGUAUUUUUUCAAAGGAUCAUUCAGCUUGUGAUCUGUUAAAACGCGUCAUUCAACAACCAUCCUCGAAAAUUGUAGUCAUCGCCUUAACAAGUCUUGGUAAACUGACCCAUUCUCUGUUCUUAAUUCUCUUCUGUUUUCUUUGGUUCAAGGUUGCCUGAAAAGUGCGCUACAGUAAAGACGAUGAAUAUUUUCUUUGUUGUGUUUGCGUUCUUGGCUUGGACUGAAGCCGCACCAAGUCCUCCAAAAGUAAGUUUUGUUUUUCCUGUUCUGCUUUCCGUCCAGCUCAUUGUAUUUGCUCUCUACUUCCUCAAGGGCUGAGUUGGGUAAUGCGUGUCUUAUUUAAACAGCAAGCACCUUAUGUACAAAAAAAUGACUCUGAAGCGUAUCGUAUAUUCCUAGAAAAAUGAAGUUUUAGUUAUUACUUUGGCAGAAAACCUGUGGGGGACCAUACUUGAAAUAUUGAGCAAUCGUAAUCUUCCUUUUUAGUUCUGCAUCACUGAAUUAUCGAAAGAAAGCCUUAUCCCCACGUUUUUUUUUCCAUUAUUUUUCUUUGGUAUUUCUGUUUGUUUGUUUCUACCAAGCGUUUUUCGUCACAUGAGAGAGUUCUGUUAUGUAACUCAUGUCUUCGUUCUUGUACAUUCCGAUGACGUUUUCAUUACACAAUUUUUACCAUUUCCAUCUCUUUCUGGCGUGUGCAAGUUUUUGUUGACACGUGUAUGACCUAUAUGUUAUAAUGCUAGGCUCUUGAAAGGAUUAAGGAUUCCUUCUCCAUGACAUAAUGAUGAAAGCUCUUAUCCGUCUCUAAUUAAUCACGCAGCAUGCAGUGAAUUGGACAAGAUUUUUUGACGCGAGGGGCGGGAGGGGGGGAAGAAGGAUGGGGGGCUACUUUAGCGACCCACUGGAGUUUAAGAGCAUACUGAGAUUUAGACAUACCAGGGGGAGGGGGGUAAGAUACAUCAUUAGACCUUCCCCCUUUCCUUGGCUACUUCGUUGUUUCAUCAGCCCAGCGGUUGAGGGAAGGAUAGUAACGCCUUUUCAUCUUAACGUUUUCCAGACUAUGUGCUCGUAAGUGUAGCAGUCUUCAAGUUCUCGCUCCUUUUUUUAUGAGGAAUUUUUGGCAGCAUUUCUCGUUGCGUCCAAGUGAUGAAAACGUAUUAUCGUCCUUUAAAGAUUCCUCGGGUUCAGGGGUUUUGAAUUAUUUUAACAUAUUACUCGGGUUUCCACGUCUAAGCCUUCCAAAUGUUGAAAUAUUCGUGCACACAGCUUGGGACUUUUGAGUUGACGACAUAUCACAUCACACGGAUCUGUGCUCGUCAACUUAACUUUUAUUAUUAAGCCGUAUUUCAGUCGGCGUAAAAUACAAAAUUGCCCUCCUCUGAGGGUCAUGAGUUCAAACGUUACGGGGGAUUUUAGAGAUACCAAUGUGUGCUGUUUGUGAUCGAUGUUCUUUCCCGUUUGUUUUUCAGUGUGGCAAAAUUCGCGGUCGCAAUUGUAGUGAAGACAGCGAUUGCGCAUGUCUUAACCGUCACAACAAAAGUUCCUUGAUAUGUAAUACCCGAUUUCGAUGCGAGAAGCAAGAAUUUAGGGACACACUCCAGAGGAUGCAGCCAGUAAGUUGCAUUGGUUAACUGUUUAACGAUAACUUUACAACACUGAAAGAUCUUUCUGAUACCGUGAAAGGAAUCUGCGGUGAUAGAACAGAGUCUGAAUUCAUAGAAAUAUUAUGUAAUUUCCAAAGAUAAUGAUGAACAGCUUAUUCUCGACUUUCCCAUUCUCCAGCUGUCAUCUCAUUCUAAGGUUAUGUUAUAAAUAAACCGCCCUCAGUUUGAGAACAACUUCCGACGAUCUUUCUAGAAUUAUUUUGAGGAGGUCCUUGGGGAUUGGGUUGACUUGCGAGAGGGCAUUAGAGUACUUUAGUUGACAGGAAAUUUCUUAAAAUAAACGACUUCCUUGGUGAUUUGUUGUAUACUAAACAGAACCAAUUAUUUUUCAGUGCCACCGUAUCUACAAGAAUUUUUGUGAAGUUGACACCGAUUGUCCAUGCGACGAAGCACGACUUAUCUGUGAGGAUCACGAAUGCGUGAAAAAGAAAAGAAAACCAAGGCCACAGAUAAACUUAGAUCGUCUCCUCUCUAUGUUGUUGCCAAGAACAAGUAACGGUACGCAAAGCUCUCCGCGUCGUAAGAGAAGACGUUUACCGAGACACGGACUCUUCAAGACGAUUUAGCAGCUUUGUUAUUCCAUGCGAUGUUCGGCACAACCCUUGGUAUGGCGUAGGGUGAUCAUCCCUCCUGCUUUAGAGCGCAUUUCGAUUGAAAUGUGUCGUCAGACCGAAAACAGAGGAACCACUAAGGCCAGUCUCAGAAAAAAAAGGAAAAUACUGCGCCACAAGGAGCCCAUGUGAACUCAUGUGCCAGGAGUGUUGGAUAUCACGUGUCAUCACAUGACUAAUGGUGUUACGUAGCGUCUGAUUGGUGGAGAAAGUGAUACGAUAUUUCUUGACCAAUCACAGAAGGAAGCAAAGUUAACUCAAGAAAUCCCUGAUUUCGUUAGACACUCGAUUUAUAAUCGCGCUUCUGUACAGCUAUUUAUGUGUAAAGUUAAGUUGGUUUUUUUCGUAUAUAUAUGGAAGAAAAUUAUUACGUUGCUCUUUAACCCUUUAACUCCCAAGAUUGUUAAUUCUCCCCUCUUGGCUGCUACACAGUUCCUUGUAAUUAAUUUACAGGAAUUUGGUGUCAGAUAAAGAUAAAAACUUAAACCUGAUAAGUUUGAAGCUUCUCAUUACUUGUUUGCUGGAUAAUGUAUGGAUAUUAUAGGGAGAAAUUAUAUGUUAAUCACUUCUGAGAGUUAAAGGGUAACACUACUUUCCUCUGGCUUCUAUUUCGGAGGAAAGAAAUUUAAGGUAAAUAGAAGAAAAUAAUAUGAAAAGAACUUUUAUAGUGCCUUUUUAAUGAAAAAAAAAAGUACUGCUCACUCAAGUGUGUAUAUUUUGUAACACUCUCUAGAUGUAAAUAAUUAAAUAAGUUUACAUAAGCACGGCACUGUGGCGAGUGGCGAGUGGCGAGAAGAGAAUCUGGUUGAACAUUUCUUUUGCCCAUAAGCUGCUCUUUUGAACAGAUUUUAUUUAGCUUGAAAAGUAGGUGAUGGGAACACACUUAAAAUAAAACGAGAUUUCAAGACCGCGAAAGCUGAACCUUGAGCGCACAAUCCGCUUAACUCAGUCGCAAGAUGACAGACAACCCACACGACUUAAAUAAAUUCACUGAAUUCG